AUGUCCUGUGAUGCUGCAGAAAAAAGAAAGACAGAAGAUGCUCUGAGAUCCUCCCUGUGGGCCCAGCCCGUGCACCAGGUCCACAAACACUCAGGUGAAUUCACAUCCACAGAGGCCUGCCUCUCUCAAGUGACACAUGGAGACUGCCUGACCUCAAGUAACUCUGUGGGGAGAGGGAACAGCCAGAGGACCCAGCCCCAGCGUGCCCCACUCUUGCCCUGUCCUGAGCCUCCAGGUUCAUCUCCGGCAUCUACUGGCCUCCAGAGAAAAAGAACAGAAGUUCCCAGCGGCGGUUCUGCAACAGCUCGAGCGCGGGGGACACGCGCAGCAGACGGCCCCAGACGCCUCAAGGCUGCGCGCGAAGACACGGCGCAGGCAGACGCACAGACGGGGCUCCCCCACCCUGGACACGGCGGCAGCGAGUUGGGAAGCCCAGGAAACCCCGGGUUCCCGUCGGAGGCCUCCUGGUACCCAGUCCCCUCCUGCAGCGCCAAUCUGGGGCAGGACAUGGGGCCCCGACGCCUGCAGGAACCAGGGGCUCCCCAAAAUCCCCGGGGGAGGAAUUACCUCGCAGCGGGGGACGCAACCCGUUCGGGGUGCCCGCGAGCACAGCGUCUGCCCUAACCCAGCGCCCUGGUGCUGCUCGGCAUCAGGGUGCGGGGUCCCGGGAGAGGAGCCGUCCGGGGGGCCGCGGCUCAGGGGCGCGGGGCGACGGCAGCGGCCAUAGCGAGUCACGUGCGGAGGCUGAAACUUUACCCGGAGCCCCAGACUGAAGGGGCGGAGGGUACGGUGCAGAGGUGGGGGGAGGCCCUCUCCCUCAGGCCCGCCCCUGCCCGCCCACCGACCAAUCACCAGUCAGGGGCGGAUCUACAGGCUCACGCCCGCCCCCGCCUCUCCUUAACAGACCCCGGGGAGGGCGAGUCUUAAAGGAGCCGCUCCUAGUUGAAGACUGGACCGUGGAAUCCGGGAGAAUCCCUCCCUCAGACCCA